AUGGGCAAGGAAGGCGAUCAAAUUUUUCUGCCCCCAUCACGGCGAAAUAAUGCUCCAAGAGUAUCUCCAGACUGGCCGACUUUUGUCGUUGAAACAGGGGAUCGAAAGCUUCGCUCAGCAGCCGCCUGGUGGUUGAACCAAUCAGAGGGCCUAGUCAGGAUGGUAUUGCUAGUGUCAAUCAAUACAAAUGUCGUGGAUUUUGAGCUCUGGAUGCUCGCUCCUCCGAAUACUCCCCGACCUCUUCCUGGUGGCUAUAUUGACGCCUUGCGGAAUUACCCCGCAUUAUUGCCUCCCACUGCGAGACAGCUUGCCAAUAAUCAACAACCAUACUCACAGUGUGAAGUUGAGGUCAGUGCCAAUAGCGUACCGUAUGGCCCAAUGGUUCUGCCUUUCGAGGCACUCUACGACAUAUCACCAUUGCCGGGUUCUGGAGAAAUUGACGUUGUGUUGAGCAUUCCAGAAUUUCAAGAUUUCGUCUUCGUUUUGUUUUAG